UUCAUGUUUCUUUUUAUUGUGUGUGGGGGUGUGGGGAGAGGGUUGUUGCAGUAGAUUAUUUUUUUGUUCUUUGUUGUAGUUUGUCCCCCUGUGUGGAGUGCACUCAGUGGUUGGGGAAUGUGAAUGUUAUUGUGAAAUGGGGCUGAUUGGAAUUUCUUUGAGAGGAAGGGAGGGGGGAAAGUGGCUGCUGUUCAGUUGGUUCAACUUCUCACUCCAACUAAACAGAGAGUUACGUUGUCUGUGUGUGUGUGUGUGUGUGUGUGUGUGUGUCUGUGUGUGUGAGACCAGGUUAAGAGUCCUGUAGAAAAGAGAUCAGAGGGACCAGCAAACGAUCUGCCCUCAUACAGCCCAACACAACGUACAGCCCAACACGUAACACACAGCUCUUCUCUGCAGGAGUGAGUGAGUGUGACAGUGAGUGAGUGAAGGACACACACACACACACAGACACACACACACAGACACACACACACACACUCAUCCCUUUGGAUGCAGCUAUUUCCUGGAUACACAAACUGGAGUGCCAUCAAAAGAUGUUGCCGGUUCACCCUCGGAGGGUACGACUCAAACCCUGGUUGGUAGCCCAGGUGGAUGCCAGCAGUUUCCCGGGGCUGAUUUGGCUCAACCGAGACAACAAGCGCUUCCAAAUCCCUUGGAAACACGCAACCCGUCACAGUCCUCCUCAGGAGGAGGAGAACACUAUCUUCAAGGCAUGGGCAGUUGAAACGGGAAAGUACCAGGAAGGGAUUGAUGACCCCGAUCCAGCCAAGUGGAAAGCCCAGCUCCGUUGUGCGCUGAACAAGAGCCGUGAAUUCAAGCUCAUUUAUGAUGGAACAAAGGAGGUUCCGAUGAAUCCUUUGAAGAUCUACGACGUGUACGAUAUCCCACAGUCCAGCAGUGGGCACAGCAAUCCAGGAUCUGUUCCUUGCGAAGACAAUGAUAUAGACAUCGACGAUGAAGAAGAGGAUGACUCGAAUUGCUCUCAACCUCAAGUUAUGAUGCAAGAAAACUUUCCUUUUCUAACCAUAAACGACACCCCAAUGCCACCAGUCAAUGUGGUCGCGCCCAGUCAGUGGAUAAAGCCUGAGCCGGAACAGAAUCUCCAAGUGGAGCAGCAUUUUCCAGGAGAGAUAUUUAGCUCACCAGAAACCUGGAUUAGCUCAUUACCCAUGACGGACCUGGAAAUCACGUUCCUCUAUCGGGGCAAAGAGGCUGGACAGACGGUGACGGUCAGUAACCCUCAAGGGUGCCGUCUGUUUUACGGGGAUUUGGGCCCGAUGCCAAAUCAGGAGGAGCUGUUCGGGCCGGUCAGUCUGGAGCAGGUGAAGUUUCCGGUGACGGAGCACAUCUCCAACGAGAAGCAACGCCUCUUCACAAACCGCCUGCUGGACGUGAUGGACCGAGGACUGAUCUUGGAGGUCAGCGGGCACGCCAUCUAUGCCAUCCGCCUGUGCCAGUGUAAGGUGUACUGGUCGGGGCCCUGUGCGGGCGGCACUGCCACCCCGCACCUCAUUGAGAGACAGAAGAAAGUCAAGCUGUUCUGUCUGGAAGCAUUCUUAAGUGAACUGAUUGAUCAUCAAAAAGGACAAGCCAUUAAAUCACCGCAGUUUGAGAUUUCCCUGUGUUUUGGGGAAGAGUGGCCGGACGGUAAACCUAAAGAGAGAAAGCUAAUCAUGGUACAGAUCGUGCCCAUCGUAGCGCGGAUGAUCUACGAGAUGUUUAGCGGCGAAUUUUCACGUUCGUUUGACAGCGGCAGCAUCAGGCUACAGAUCUCCACUCCGGACGUCAAGGAUAAUAUUGUGACUCACCUGAAGCAACUCUUCCAUCUCCUACAAACAAACCAAGGGCACCAACCGUGGCAAAUUCCAGCUCAGAAUAUUCACAUGGCACAGGCACUUCAAGCUCAGUAACACAACGCAAGUUUGAGUCUACAGUUUUUUUGUUGUUGUUUCAAAUAACUAUGAGAGUAAAUCUGAAGAAUUUACCCGACGAGAAGAGGGUGUAUUGUGUGAGGGACGAUUGUACGUAGGAUGUGAAAUCAAGGAUUCUCUGGUCACGUCUACAACUGGAAGGAAGUUAGUUGGUAACCAAGCAAGGAUUGCGAUGUCGUGUCAGCUUUCAGACGAAACCACACAACUUUCGAAAUGCAGUUGAAGGAAUUAAACCCUUUCACAAUGGUAUUGGUUAAAUGUUGAUCUAGAAAUUAGCUAACUAGUCUACUGUGUGUUACAGGACAGUAAAGCAUUAGAUCCGGCAUGUUAUCAUUAACCACAUUUCUUAUCUCAAUUUUGUGGAUAAGUCUCUUAAACCCUUGUCUGAGACGACAGACUUGAAGUAAGACUUUGUUGCCUUGUCUCAGACAAGAGAAUGGGGUUUCUCAAUCUUUAAUGACUGGCGUGUUCUGAUGAAACUCUACAGGUAAUUCAGUUUGCCUGAAGCAGUGUUGUCCAACCGUUUCAUUUCAUGAAAGUUAGCAUUAUUUUGCUUCUGCGGACCAAACCGAUUCCGGGCAAAAGACUAUUAAUAUUCAUCUGCGUGCCCGAGGCAACAACACGAUUAUUGGGUUUCAGAAAGAGGCUUCUUUAGUGCAAAUAGUUCUUAUGAGUGUGAAAUUACACCCCACGACUUGUAAGUGAAUUGAAUUAAAAUUUAGGCCAGAAAACUGGUUGUAACACACUCAUUGGGAUAGCAUGGUCGAGGGGUUACAUUCCUCAAAAUAAAAUCUUUCUUCAAAUGCGUUCUAAGGAAAAACUAAUAUUUUCUUCUGUCUUGCUGGAUAGAACCAAUUUCUGAGGAUUUUGAGCUUGCGUGCAGCUUGUACUUUCACACGCUAUGUGCCUUUCUUCAUUUACUGCGCCUGUGUGUAUAUAUUUUAGGCUGCAAUUCGAUCUCUCUCUGUGUGCCCUGUUCAGCAGUAAAGAUAUUGCCUACAAAAAUACACACUCAUUACACUUUACAGUAGAUCCUGUGAAGCAUUCGAGGUGUCUUUCCGAUGGGAAAAGUGCCAUAUUAAAUACAAGAUUUAUUAAUAUAUCUUAAAAAUGAUUUUUCAGCGAUUUUAUUUGCGUGUUCAUGUAUUUUGUUUUGCUGUGUUCUCUUGUGCUUUGAACGUGUGUUUUGGCUUGUUUGUACUUCAUUAUUAUUAGUGUGCCUAAUAAUCCCUUUGAAAUUGCUUUUACAAAAACAAUUAGUUAAUGCUUUGAUACGUGAUAUAUGCCAAGUAUUAAAAACAAUUACCAAUUCA